UGCAGCCACUUUAAAUUACAACCAUGUGGAGGAGGUGCAUUUGUGGGAUUGAAGAGUCCCAUGCAUCAUCGGAGGCACUGAGCUGCAGGUCGACUACAGGUAGGUAUUUGGCGGCUGGUUUAUCUGAGCAGCUGGCUCAGUAUGAACAGCUGGUAAUGCAGCUCAUUGAUCAACAUCUGGACAAAAAGACCCAGCUGCAAGUGAGAGGUGAACACCUUAAGUUACUGGAAGACCUCAAGGGAAAAGUCCGUGAAAACGAAGAAGCAUUAUCGGAAAAGACGCAACUUGUCGAUGUGUUGCAGAAAAAGCUUCAUAGAAAUAAUCGGGAUCUAGCGUUGCUGGAAGACUUUAAUGAAAAACUCGGGGAAAUCGAAGAGGAACUGCGAAAAACAACACAACAAUUGGAAAUACUGCAGACAAAUCUGGAAUGGAACAAUUGUGCGAUAGUGGAGUUAGUGGAACAUAUAAGAAUAGUUGAAGAAACGAAUCAGGACCUGGACAACAAGUAUUACGCUGCAGAUUACGACAGCUAUAUCGAGAUCUGUGGUUUGAAGGCGACCCAUGAAAUUGAAUUAGCACAUCUCAAAGAACAAGUGAUGUUUCUGAUGGAAGAGGCAGAAAGGUCAGAGGACAGAUUUAUGUCAAAGGAAGCUACAUACCUGUUGAUAAUUGAACAGAUGCAAGAGGAGCUGGACAAUGUACAGGAAAAGGAAGAACUGAAAAUCCUUCCAGAAGAAACACAGCAGGAGCGCAGAGAACAAGAUCCGUCCUCCUGCAAGAAUGAAUUGGCUGAGCUAAGACAUGUCAGACCAGCGCCCAGGAAGCAAACAAUUGGCAAUGAAACACACGAGGAAUAUGAGGAGGCUUUUGAGAAUGACUCAAUUGAAAAGGUGGUGGUGGCACGGAAGGCGAAGAGGCGAGUGAAGAGUUUCAAACGUAUAUUCACCUCUCGAAAAGUAAGUCAUCACGAUGCAUGUUGAUGUUGAACCGGCCGACCCCUGUACGGAGCCAGUUCAGGGCGACCCACUCGUUCCAGGGCAUGUCCGAGCCAGGUGUGGCUGUGGUGUUUGGUGCAACAGUGAAUUGAGGAGGUCAGGAAGUCUGUUCCCAGCUGGUUCUCCAAGCUCCUAGUGUGUUGAAACCGGAGCCACAGAGGGUGGCUGCGUGACGGUAGAAGGAGCGAUCAGAUGACAGGCGUCGAGGUCCCAGUUGCUGUGAGUCCUGGGCGAGGUGGUGCAAAGGAUGUUUGGUGUCCGAAGGGGCCUUGCACACCAGCCUGUGGGUGAAGUACUCUCUGCGAAGCUUGGCGGGUGCGAUAGCUGCGAGCACCGGCAGAAGAUCCGGAGUAGGACGUAGGCAGCCGGUGAUGAUCCGCAUGGUGUCGUUGAGGAUGGCGUCCAGCUUGCUAGUAUGAGCGCUGCGGCAUCAUGCUGGGGCGGUGUACACAGCGGUGCUGUACACGAGUGCAAGAGACCGGUUCAGAGAAUAGAUAUCCAGGCGCCCCAUGAUGAUCCAGCCAAGCAAUGCAGGAGGUACACAAAAUGCUGGAGAAACUCAGUGGGUGCAGCAGCAU